CUUCACUCCCCGUAGAGAAAUCAGAAGGGAAAAAAAAAAAGAAAACAAAAGAUCUCCUCGUUUCCCCAAUUUCCUCUCUCUCUCUCGUGUUCAGUCGCCAGCAAUUUCUUCAGAGUCGAUCUAUCCACCCUGCGAAGCUCGUCACUUGAUUGUCCUUUUCCCUCGGAAGGAAAGAAAGGAGCGGAAAAAAAAGAAGGAUGUGUGGAGGUGCCAUCAUCUCCGAUAUAAUCAAUAGAGCCCGCGGUCCGGCGGCCAUACCCAACACUUGGCAGGAAUUUUUUGCCGAUAUCCCCGAUCCCCAAGUCGAGAAGGAGCCCGUCAAGCCGUCCCUCCCCCUCAACUCCAAACGCCGGUCUCCUUCUUCAUCAGAAGGAUACGAAUGUGAGGACGAUGAGGAGGUGAGGAAGCCGAAGCGGAAGAGAAAGAAUCUCUACAGGGGGAUCAGGCAGAGACCGUGGGGAAAGUGGGCGGCUGAGAUCCGCGACCCCAGGAAGGGGGUGAGGGUCUGGCUCGGCACCUUCAAUACCGCCGAGGAGGCCGCCCGCGCCUACGACGCCGAGGCUCGCAAGAUCAGAGGCAGCAAGGCCAAGGUUAAUUUCCCCAAUGAGAUUCCCUCUCCCCGCCCCACCGUGGUGGCGGCCGCAGCCCCUCUCCGCCCCCACCAGCAACAGCACUACCAGUACCAAUCCCACCAACAAUUCCUUCAAGAGGAGGCCCCUGCUUCCCUCGGAUUCGAGGCUGACACCGCUUUCAACUACUAUGAGCAGCAGCAGCCAUUACAAACCCCUUCUCCGGCCGCCGAAAUGGAGCAGAGUCCCGCGUCUCAGGCCACCGACCACGAGGAAGAGGAAGACGAGAAGAAGAGCGUGAUGAAGCUCGCGGAGGAGCUUUCUGCCUACGACACCUACUUCGAGUUUCUCCAAGUGUUCGACGGCGGCUACGAGCCGGCCGUCGCUCCGGCUAACCAGGAGAACAACUUGGUGCCUACGACGAUGGAGCUAUGGAGCUUCGACGACCUGCCCAUGAGUUGUUCCUCUUCCUCAGCCGUGGCAACGCCCCUGUAGAAGAGAAAGACCGAACCCCGUCUUCCCUCUUCCUCCCUCCCUCGAUCAACCUUCAAAUUUUUUUUCUCCUCUCCCUUUACGGCAUCUGUUCUCUUUUUGUGUAUAGAGUCCAUAGUUUAGGAUCUUGUCUUGAACUGCUAUCCCUUGUUUUUCCCUGCCCUCUUUAGCUGCUUUUCGUUUGGAUUCAAUGCAAAACGUCGUCAUUUCCUUCA